AUGCAAACAUACAUUGGACAAAUCAAAACACCACAAGACGCAUUGAUUAUUUUUGAAGCUUGCCGACAAGGUUUGCUUAAGCGAGUACACCACCGUUUAUCAUCCAAGGAGCGUAAUGAGAUUCGAUCUGGACACGUUUUCGUAUGGGAUGAACAUGAAGCUGGUAUGCGACGGUGGACCGAUGGUCGUACUUGGUCACCUAGCCGUGUCUCGGGGAGUUUUCUCACGUAUCGGGAGCUAAGCACAAAACGACGUCCUCGUCGACACAACAAGAUGACCCCUGUUUAUACGUACAAGCCAAAUGGUCUUAUCAAACAAAGCUUCUCCAUAUGCACAGCUAGCAACCAAAAGCUUCAUCUAAUUUCCUAUAUUACCAAAGAUGAUGUCUAUGCUGGUAGUUUGCUACAACCAUCUGCUGAUCCCAACCUCAAGCAAAUUGAUGUCCCUGUGGGUCUUUAUCCUGAGUUGAAUCCUCUUGAUACCAACGUUGGUGCUCCUCAUUCCUCUAUUACGCGCACGCUUUUACGCCAUUCAUCAUCCAUAAUCGAUCACCAACAACAAGCAACACCAUCUCUAUCAUCAUCGCCUUGCGUAUCAUCCGAUGACGAUGAUCCAACCAUGUCAUCUCCCGUCAUUUAUUAUACUCCAUCAUCACCACCUAUGACUAGCAGCAACGGCAAUAAUUGCUUAUCAUCAUCCACUUUACGUGACUUGCCCUUGCCAACCGAUUCGCUCUUUUCCUCAAUUCCCACCGUAUCAUCCGAAGAUAAACGCCAGCUGCAGGCGCUGCAUUGUCAACUGCGUUUGUAG